AUGAAACCCACUUCACACGACGGUGGAGGUGAAUCUGAGGACGAUCGUUCGGGAAGCGAGAAAAGGAGGAUUAGAUUUGAUAACAACACUACAGGGGCAGAUGAGCACGAUGCCCGUCCGAGAACAAUGCCGAAUCGGCCGGCGUUGGUGACGACUUCUGAUCAUAGCAGAAAUGCUGGUAAAAGGAUUAGGUUUGACGAGGAGGUUAUAGCAGAACACGAUCUGGAAAGAGGUACUCGUAUGACAAUCGACGAGCCCGACACUCCGUUCGUACGCACCCCAAUGAGCAGUGGAGAGUCCAGUGAGGAUUCAUCCUCGACUCUGGGCGAGGGCGGCCACAGAAGUCGCUUGCAACUAGGGGAGGUCUCGAGAGAAGCGCGAAUGCAAAAUCUGAGCAACGGAGUAAAGAAUUCACCCGAUGAGGAUGAAGGUAUUCCAAACAAUGCGGGGUUAUUGACGAUAGACUUCUCUGGUGCGACCACGGGUGGUGCAGCGGAGGAGGUGGAGAGGGCCCGCAAGGCUAGGGAGUUCCAUGAGAAACGCCGGAGACAUUAUAAUGAGAUGCAGAUGGUUCGAGCACUCCGUGAACAAGGGCGGCUAGAGGCCUCUGAGGAGGAUGAAGACGACGAGUUGGAUAGUAAUUCUGCUGGGAGGAAUGGAAAUCCUAGUAGUUCUCCAGUGACGAUGCCGAGUCGGCCGGCUCAGCCCAGCAGCUCUACCACGCCAACCCCAAAUGAUGUUAAACGGAUGGCUGAGGAAGCUAUGUUGACAUCGGCUGAUCGUGGAGUUGCUAGGGAUCUCUCGGUGGAAGCAGCAAGUGAAGGGAAGCCGACGUCACUGGGCUUGUCACUAUUCCGGAAACAAGGGUAUUUAUUAAAAGAGAGCAGUGCUUACUUCACGCAGUGGUUGGAGAGUAUUAUGUUGAAGGGAAAAGCUGAAAAAUAA